AUGCCGCUAAGCGUAAAGGCUCGUAGUCGUAGCGCAGGCUCAGCUGUGUAUUUUCCGAUGAAUCCAACUUCUUCACUUCAAGUCUUUCGCUUCGUAUCAGGAGAUCAGGUUACUGUCCAAGCCCCACACUAUCUCCGUGGAUGUGAUGUGCUGCACUCAACUUCAGUGAGGUCUCCACUAUGGACCGCAAAACGGAUGACUGGCAGAGGAAAAGGAACAGAACACCCUAUUCCCAGUAUUAUGGAUGACAGAGUGACUAUGUUGCAUUUACUGGAGGAGCCUCAGAUGAGACGGGAAAGAAACAGACUUCAGACUUUUCAGAAUUGGCCAUUAGAAGCCCCGGUUAGAUCUACAGACCUAGCCAAGGCGGGGUUUUUCUAUCUAGGUCCUGGAGAUAAAGUUCAGUGCUUUUGUUGUGGAGGUGUUUUGAGAUGUUGGGUGCAUGGGGACAGUCCUGUAACAGAGCACAAAAGACACUUCCCCACCUGCAAUUUCAUUUUGGGGCGAACUGUGGGGAAUAUUCCACUGCAGGAUGGUUCAUCAGACUCGGUGGAUGGGCAGCUCUUGAGUCAGCUCCAAAGGAUGACCAUGGACGACCAGGGCACCACGGGUCAGGCUGUGUACCCUGAGAUGGAGGAGGAGGACACCCGGCUAACCACCUUCCAUAACUGGCCUACAGAGGCAUCGGUACAGCCAGAUGUUCUUGCAAGAGCUGGAUUUUUCUACACAGGGCAUGGGGACAAUGUCAAGUGUUUUUUCUGUGAUGGAGGCCUGAGAAACUGGGAACCAGGUGAUGACCCCUGGCAGGAACACGCCAAGUGGUUCCCAAGAUGUGAGUUUUUGAUCCAGUCCAGAGGGCAGGGCUAUAUCAGUAAUAUUCAGGAUGCCCAUUUUCAUCUUGGGGAAACUGUGAGUGGAUCACAAAAUACUGCUCGAGAUCCUGGCUCCAGAAAUGAUGUGGUCGGUGGAAUGGGAAUGUCCUCGAUUAUGCUCUCUCCUGUGGUACAGACAGUUCUUCAGAUGGGCUUUGAGGCUAACCUUGUGGAAAGCCUGGUUAAAACCAAGUACCUCCUGACUGGACACUUCUAUACUUCUGUAUCUGAUUUAGUCACUGAUGUGCUACAGGCAGAGGAAGAGGACAGACAGAGGGCACCCACCAGCAGAGAGCCAGAGGUGAGACAGGGGACUAGCUGCGGAAAUACAAGAUCCCAAACUGCUCUUAAAGAGAAAGUGAAGGACCCCAGCCCUGAGGAGCUCCUGAAGCAGCUGCAGGAGGAGCGAACCUGUAAAGUGUGCAUGGACAAACUGGUGUCCAUUGUAUUCAUCCCGUGUGGUCACCUGGUGGUGUGUGGAGACUGUGCUGCCAGCCUGCGCCACUGCCCCAUCUGCAGAGCUGUCAUCAGGGGCAGUGUGCGUGCAUUUAUGUCCUGA